UACGCGUAUCACUUUCUUCCGUUCUGUGACAGGGUGUACGCCCCUGAACGCGACCUUGUGAUUACGUAACGGCGGCGCCUAACACGAUUAUUCGCUUUUUCCGGCUUCCGCUAAGGUGAACGCACUUUUCGAAUUUGGCGCCGUCACGGCCGCCUUAUCAAAAGAUAAAUAAACGCGAUAAGAAAACAAAACAGUUAGUUUUGGGAAAAAUGUUAACACGAGCGCACUUUACAAUCAUUUGAGGCGAAAAAAUGUUUAAUUUAUUCAAAAAUAAGAAAGAUCCAGGCAAGCCGUCGACCAAGCCGCCGAAGAGGGUCCAGACUCCACACAGAACCGGAGUCAGGACACCGAACGGUGAAACGAAAUCUCCCUGGUUCAGGUCACCGAAACCAAGCAAAAAUAAUAACAUAAGGGACGUUCAGAUCAGGUCGAUUUCGGCUUCAGCGCCUUCUUUGAAUAACAAUAAUGAAAAUAAGAAAAGCAGCAAAAGGCCAUUGACGUUCGCCGAAGGGAACGUUACGUUAAGGCGAGGACAGCAAACGUCCAAAAUCGAGACGGCGGCGACGACGCCCGACGACCUCUCAAGGUCAUCGUCGAUCACCAACCUAAAUGCCGAUCCCAAGGCCAAAGGGGCCAAACCGAAAAAGGCCGAAUCGAAGGACAAGCUAGACAAGGUCGCCGAUAAGAAAAAUGAUAAGAAGGCCGUGAAUAAAAACAAUAAUAAGGAGUCGGAAGGGUCGACCGAUUCCGAAGUGGAAACUCUUCAGAAACAGUUGGCGCAAAUGGCCAAUGAUAAAACGAAUCUCGCGCUGCAAUUGGGCGAACAAAACGGACACAUUCACAAGUUGCAAGAAGAGGUCAAGCAGCUGAAGAUGAUGCACCAGGAGGCCGAGAUCAAGGUCGAGCAGCUGAUGGACGAGAAUAGCGUCUUGAGGAAGCAGCUGAGGGAUGUGGCGAAUUCGCCGCUUUCGGAUAAUGAAAAGCAACAGAUUUUGUAUGAGACGCAUAGGCAGCACAGCUCGGCUCCCGCCUCGAUCGCCACCAAUUUACUGGACGACGGUGGUGACAUUACUGCAUGUCCAACCCCCGAAUGGGACAAACACUCAAGCAGUAACGUCAGCGAAGUCUCCGUAGCCUGUCUCCAAGACAAAAUCCACCAAAUGCAAGAAACCCACUACAGUACGAAUGAAGAAUUACAAGCCACACUCCAAGAACUGACAGACCUCCAAAAACAACUCACCGAACUUCAGCAAGAAAACCUACGACUCAGCGAUGAGAAAAAUCUCAUGUUUGAGUCACUUUGUCGCCAAACUGAGCGUUUAAACGAUUCUAGAAACGAAGUAGAGUCACUUAAACAACUCUUAUACAACGACGAAAACGGCCAAUUUGAAACAGCAGCCGAACGUGAACAGAAAUUGGUCGAUUUGUUGAAGAAAGCACAAGAGGAAAGAGAAGCUUUGCUAGUGAAGCAGGAACAGCUGGGCAAUGAAUUGGAAGAUGCAAGGUCGGGCAAUUUAAUCCAAAACAAAGAGAUUGGACAAUUGAGUGAAAGAGUUAAGACUUUGGAAAGCACACUGGAUGCCAAACACGCCGAACACAAACAACUGGACCAAGAGUUGGCACAAGCCAAAGAUCAGAGUAGCAGUAGACAGAUUGAAAUCAACCGCCUUAAAGACCUACUCGAAAAUGCCCGAACCAAAAUCAACGAACUCGAGCAAGAUCGCGCCCUGAGCGAUAAAAGCGAACUGGACGAGCUUCUGGACAACGCUCGCAAAGAAAAAGACGCACUGGAGUCAGAAGUCGCCCAUUUGAAAGAACAACUCGCUUUGAGCAAAAACGAAACCGAGAAACUCAAAGAACAAGUCUCAAUCCUCCAAGAAGAGUGCAAAGUUACACGAAACAACGCCAAAACCACACAAAGCGACUUGGAAUACAAACUGGAAAAACUCCAAGCUGAGAAAAUCGCUCUCACUCAACAACUGCAAGAGUUUCAGGACGCCGUCAACGAACUCCAAGUCCAAGCCCAAUGUCAGGCCGAAGACAAGCGCCAACUCUCGGCCGUUUUAUCCGAAACCCAGCGAAAUCUAAACGAAAGCGAGCGAAAAAUCGCCGACUUGGAGAGCGAAUUGGCCGAACUGAAGCGAAUCAAAGCCGAUCAGGAGGAGGAGUGGGAGAAGUUCCAGAAGGAUCUCCUAACGUCGGUUCGUGUCGCGAACGAUUUCAAAACCGAAGCCCAACAAGACUUGGAGAAGCUUGUCAUGGAGAACAAAGCAGGCCGUGACCGCAUCAAACAACUCGAAGCCCAAAUCGAGAAACUCAAAGGUUCGAGACGGAAGUCCAAUCAAUUUGAGGAUAAAAUCGCUUCGCUUAAUCGGCGUUACAAACAAAUUGAGGGUUUAACCGAUGAGCAAUUAACCGAAGAACAGCGAGCGGUUAAAGAUUUGAAACGACAUUACGAACGGGAUUUACCGAGGCGUAAGCCAAUCGCGAAUAAGCCGAAAGAUAAGUUGGCGAUUAGUAAGCCGUGCUUGGGGUCGGUCGUUGCGAACCCAAAGUUACAAAAAUUCGUUCAGGAUUCCACGUUACGGGAAGUCCAAUUCGAACCGGAAGUCCAAUUUGAGUCGAAAGUUCAAUUCGAGUCGAAAACCCAAUACAAAUCGGAAGUCCAAUUUGGUCCGGAAGUCCAAAAAGAGUCGGAAGUCCAAAAUCGGAUUUUCGAGCGCGACGUUCAGAGUGAGAUUUUCGAGGCGUGUGAGCCGAUUUACGAGGGGCAUGUGCGUAGUAAAAGUCUAACGGACUUACCGGAAGUCGAGCCAAGGCUUCGCCGUUACGGAAGCAUUGAGAAUUUGCUCGACUUAACUAAACCAAGGGUAAAGAAGCCGCGUAAAAAAAGUACAGUCACGUUUGAUACUUUGGAUAAAAUUUGUCGUGACAUUGAUACAAAUACGCCCGAAGAUGAGUUGAGUAACGAGCAAAAAUUUGCUUUGCGUCUUCGCGAAGUCCUAAAUAAAGAACCGAAGAAAAUUCCGGUGAGGAAGCUUUCGAAGUCCGGGCGUAAAAAAUUGGUGAUUAGUCGACCGACUGAAGAAUCGGUUAAGAAAAAUGAGAAAUUGCGUCGGAUUAUUAACGAUCCGGUUAUAAAAAAUGUUGGUCCGGAAAAUCGCGUGGUUAGAAGGAGUAAAGCUGUGAGGAGAGAUAAGGGGAGGUAUAGUGCACCGGUGGCGCCACCUAGACCAGGCGGUUCGUUGAAAAUGACGAAAAGUAAGAGUCAUAACGAUAUUCAUUUCAAGUUUCAAGUACCGGAUAUGUAUUCCGGGAAGGAAGAAAGUGUAAAGUUUCCGGUUUUACCACCGGAAGAAUUCCGGGAUCCGGUUCCGUCAACGGCCGCUGAUAAUUCGGCUUUUCGCACUUUUCACGUCGAAAAAAAUAUGUUUAAAAGAGAAGAUAAUUAUCUGGAUGAAGAUUUAAGAAAAGCAUUCACUGAAGAAAGAAUUCCCAAUGAAGAUCAAAUGAAAAAUGAAGAACUAGAUGAUCAAGUUGCGGGAAAUAACACGUUCAAAAGAGAACAUAUUUUCUUGGAUGAAGAAAAUUCUUAUUGUAAAAGUGAAAAAUCAAAGGAAGAAAAUGAACCAAUUGAAGAAAGAAUUUCCAAUAAAGUUCAAAUGAAAGAACUAGAUGAUCAAGUUGCGGGAAAUAACACGUUCAAAAGGGAACAUAUUUUUUUGGAUGAGGAAAAUUCCUAUUGUAAAAAUGAAGAAUCAAAGGAAGAAAGCGAACCAAUUGAAGAAAAAAUUUCCAACAAAGUUCAAAUGAACAAUGAACAGUUAGAUGCUCAGGUUUCGGAAGAUGCGCAGGAGAAUUUUAUAUUGUCCACAAAUGUGGAAAAUGAAGAAACAAACGAAGAAAGAACUUCCAGCAAAGUUCACGUGAUAAUUGACGAGUUAGGUGGUCAAGUUUCGGAAAGUAAUACAUUUAAAAGGGAAGAUGUAGAGAAGAAUUUUAAGCCUGUAAGUGAAGAAAGGGAAAAAUCAAAUGAAGAAAACGAAGCAAUUCAAACAAUUUUCAUCAAAGAUCAGUUGAAAAAUGAAGAAAUAAAUGACCAAGCUGUGGAAAAGAUCCACGAGCUUGAUGAAGAAAAAGAAGAAUUUGAAGAUGUUGAUAAAGUGAAGAUCACAUCGUGUGAAGCGCCUCGUCAUAAUAUAGAACAUAAAGAGGGAAAGUUGCUAGAUGAAGAUUUGGACUUGGAUUUAUAUGAAAAUCAAGUUCAAAACGAAGAUGUGAUAAUGGGACGUUUCUACGAAGAAGAUCUUCUCAAUGAUGAUCUAAAUGAAGAAGAUAUAAAAGUGCGACGUGGCAGUCGAAAGCGAUAUACUCAUGUGAUUCAAGAAAUGAAAAAAAUGUUUGACACAAAUAACGAAGAAAAGGAAGAAACUGAAGAAAAUAAAUUUCAAGCGGUUCCAGCGAUCACAGUUAACGAUUCCGAUUCUGACGAAAUUCUUCUCGAUGAAGAAUUGGUCAGAAAGAAGAAAAUGAUAGAAGUAGCCGAUCUAAAUGUUGAAGAACCUCCAAAAUCACUACUUGAAUUUCUAGAACCCGAGAAAAUCCCUAAAGAAAAUCGGGGAAGUUUCGAAUUUGAAGAAAUUGAGUUUGACGAUGAAGAAAUAGAGCGAAUUAAAGCCAACUAUGAAGAAAUACCAAAAGAGGUUUACAAAGGUAUAUAUUUUGAAGAUGAAGAUAUACAACAUGGCGAUUUGGUCGAAGUUAUGAUUACGGAACCAAAAACAGGAACUCCUAAAGAAGAAAUUACAGUAGUUAUGACGCUUGAACCCGAGUCUAGCGUAGUAAUUGAAGAAAUAACCGAAGAAGAAGAGAUGAAGAUUGAACCGAGUUCGUGUUUGAUUGUCGAGACUCACAAUUUCAUAUUAACGGAAAAGACAACAAGUGAAGAAUCGGGUGAAGAAAACGGACCAACUGAAGAAAUAGUUAAGAUUGAAGAGUUAGGUGAUCAAGGGGUAGUUGAGUUUUGUGAAGAUAAAGAUGAGAAAGAAGAUAAAGUGAGGAAACAAUCGUGUGAAGAAAUUGAUUUUGUGCCUUGUGUUCCAAAAGUUCCAAAUGAAGAUCUUGACGAGAGAAACCACCAAAAAAUUGAAGAUGAAGAAAGAGCUGAGCUUGUUGAAGAAAUAGAUGAGGAGGAACAAGAAAUAUUUGAAGAUGUUGAUAAAGUGAAGAACCACCAAAAAAGUGAAGAUGAAGAAAGAGUCAACAAUGAAGAUAAAGAAGAACGUAAUAGCAAUAAUUUGCAAGAAAACGACUCGUUUGGAGCAACAUCGCCCGACCAAACAAAAAAUGAAGAAAAAAGCGGCGUUUUUUCGAAAUUUCUUCCCGAAGAACUGAGCCCCGAAGAGUUGGAAAUCUUGCACCAACUGACUAAACGUCGCAUUUCGCGCCCUUUGUCCGACCUAAAGGACGAAGAUCUCGAUCUGAUCGAAAAACUAAAAGAGCAAUACGUUGAAGAAAUUGAAGAAAAUGCGAAGAAACGGCCACCACCUCGAAUCCUAUCACCGACAAAACUCAACGAAAAACCCUCAUAUGAACCGGUUUACGCCAAUUAUUCGUUCACAUCGAACAAUCGAACUUCGACACAACUUCAAGCUUCCAUUUCUGGCAAGAAACCAGUAGCGUUGCCUCGAGUGACUUCAUUGGAUACAAGCACCGAAGACCAAGACUUGUACCGCGAAUUCAGCGGUCAAGUGAGGAAAACACGGUUUAGUAUAACGUACGAACGGAAAAAAGGCGACUCUUUUAAAGAACAAAACCAGGAAAAGUCGGCCAAAGUGAGCGAUUUGCGCGAGAUGUUUGAGCGUAGGUCGAAAAUUUGUUGUUUUGCAGCCGCUGAGCCUCUGCCCAUUCGUCCAACGAGUUUCCAAAUGGACGACUUGGCGUCGCGACGCCCUAAAGUCGUCCUGAGUCGGCAGAACAGUCGUCAGUCGGUGAAGUCGCUGAUUGAAAGCAUUGAAAAUGCGGGAAAGCCGACGAAAACAUCGUCCGUUGUCUCACGAAGUAGUUCGGCGUCGUCGAUCAGUUCGAUGGCUUCGGAUGUCAAGAUUCCCAGUCCGAUUGAGACGCUGCGGACGCCGACGGAAUGGGCCGAGCCCAAGACGCCGCUCAAGGAACAACAGCCGAAUAAGUUGAAUCGGGAUUGGAGCAAGGCUGUGAUUGCGGAUAGUUUGAAGGGGGAAAAGGGGAAGAAUGAGGAAGGGUUCAGGGAGACGAUUUUGCAGAAAGGGUUGGAUUAUUCGAGGAGGAAUAGCUACUCGGAUAUAAGCGAGCGCAAGGACCCCCUUAACGGCCUGGUGAAAAACGGCGGCUCAAAACGCAACGCCCUCCUCAAGUGGUGCCAGAACAAAACCGUCGGUUACCGAAACAUCGACAUAACAAAUUUCAGCAGUUCAUGGAACGACGGUUUGGCCCUUUGUGCCCUCCUUCACACCUAUCUCCCCGAUCGCAUCCCUUACGACAAUCUCACCCCGCAAGAAAAACGAAGAAACUUCUCGCUUGCCUUUAGUGCAGCUGAAAGCGUGGGCAUACCCACCUCAUUGAAUAUCAACGACAUGAUCCAAUUAGAACGUCCCGAUUGGCAACAAGUGAUGGGGUACGUGACUGCGAUUUAUAGACAUUUCGAGACUUAAUUCUGUGAUAGGAACGGAUUGUGUCUUAAUUUUGUUACCAAAGACUUGGGUUUUUGUGACGAUUCGCUUUUUUACAUGAGAACUAAAGUAUUUUAUAUAAUAUUUACUCAAAGGUUUUUACGUCUAGUCAGGAUUUUUGGCCCACUUACUGUCCAACAACAAAAAAAAAAUUCGGGGGGCAGUGCAUAAGUAUUGGACUAAUAAUAAAAUAAAACAAGACUGUCUUAAUUAAGGAAGAACAUCUAUUUUUCCGAUGACUUAAUUCUAGGUUAGGGUUUUAGUUGCCAAGUGUUGUUGUUUUUUUUUGUAAGAGUUAUUUUGUAUUGUUUGUGGAAAAUAAAAAUGAAAUGAAAUAAUCACA